AAAAUUUACAAUAAUAUAUCUGUUCCUUUCUAUCUCACACUAUUUCUUACUUCUUUCUACUCAUCCUCCUUCCACAUUUUCCAUAUAACCUGAGACAAAUCUACAAAACUCUACUUGCCUUUCCACACACAAAAAAUAAAACAUAGAAUCUCGUACUCAUCUACUCCCUCGACCAACCAAAACCAAAGAAAAGAAACCCGUGCAGCAGCCAUCUUCCUUCAUUUUCGUUCGUCUGGCUCUAGACUAGAAAGAAAAAAAACUCCAUCGUUGUUCCUCUUCUCUACAACACAACGCUCUUCUGCUCUGAAGUUAAAAUAAGAAAGAACAACUAGCAGCACUUUUUCUUUAUUAAUUAUAAUAUAACCAAAACCACACACAAAAUACAAUUAAAUUGCAAUUUUUUCGCAUUUUUUUUUUCUUUACCAAAAAAGAAAAGAAAAAAAAACUAAUUUCUCAAGUAAAAGUAAAUUAUAUUUAACAAAAAAAAAAAAGCAAAACCUAAAACUUAAUUAAUAAAAAUCUGUGAUCAUUUGUUUAGAAAUAAUAAAAAAAAGAAAAAAAAAUACAUAGAAGAAAAAAAAAAUGCAAAUUUAAUUAGAAAAAGACGGGAGAGUAUUUUUUACAACAAAAUUCAUCAUCAUCAUUCAUCGAGAGCCUUGCCGCAACAUUUAAGUGAUAAUUAUCCACAAAAAAAAAACAAAAACGUUUUUUUAAAAGCCGACAAAUUCUUUUAAUUUCGCCGUCGAACUUAAAAAGAAUUUGUUUUAUAGCAACAAUCAACACGCCUAGUAUAAGGAAUUCUCUGAAAGAUCACUCAAGCAAUUACAAGCAAGCAAAAUUAAUUUGCUGCAACACCAAAUCAAUAAACAAAAGCUACGAUUUAUAUUAUCCUAGAAAAAAGAAGGCACGCUCCCGUUCUACCGUGGAAGAAAUGGUAAUGGAGGAACAACAACCGUCACCACAAUCAGUAGGACGAGAAUUCGUCCGACAAUACUACACCCUGUUGAACAAGGCACCAAGUCAUUUGCAUCGCUUUUACAACAACAAUUCCAGCUUCAUUCAUGGUGAAUCGACCUUAGUCGUUGGACAAAAGAACAUCCACAAUCGCAUCCAGCAGCUAAACUUUCGCGAUUGUCAUGCGAAGAUAAGUCAAGUCGAUGCUCAGGCUACUUUGGGUAAUGGUGUAGUGGUUCAAGUCACUGGUGAACUGUCUAACGAUGGCCAGCCCAUGAGACGCUUCACCCAAACCUUUGUUUUGGCUGCGCAGUCACCCAAAAAGUACUACGUGCACAAUGACAUCUUCCGCUACCAGGACAUGUACUCGGAUGAAGAGAAUGAUGGUGAAAGUCGAUCUGAAAACGAUGAAGAGCAUGAGAUCGACCCGCAGCAGCAACAGCAGCCCCAAGUGGUACCCACUAACAACUUGAGCGGUGUCACUGAUACCAAUGUUAUCCAGCAGGUGCAGCCUCAGCAGCAGCAACCAACUCAGCAGCAACAAGUUGUAGUGCCCCAGCCUCAAGCUCAACAACAGGCAAUCUACUACUCGAUGCCGCAAACUGUUGUUGCAGGUGCUCCACGUGCUGUACCAGUAAUUGCAGCCCAAGCUGUUCCAAUUGCUCAAUUCCCUGCUCCAACUGCUGCUCAGCAAACCCAACUCAAUGGCGGAAUUGUCCAUGAAGAUCUAUUGGCAACAACUAUGCAACAACAGACGGUUCAGCAACAACAACCUGUGCAACUUCCAAUGCAGCAGAUGGUCCCUCCUGUGCAAGCUAAUGUAGCUCCUGCUGUUGUAUCAGUUGUUUCACCACAGGUGAUCCCACAGCAACCCACUCAGGUUGCAGUUGUUGCUGCUGGUGCCAUUCCUCAAGUUGUGGCUCAAAUCCCAAGUAUGCCAUCUGCAGCAGUUGAGCAGUCUCCACCAUUGCCGGUAAUGGGUCAGACAAUGCCUGUUAUUUCUCAAGUGUCUAGCGGACCUGCAACUAAUGUUCAACCAGCUGACUCGGGUAUAAUGACUGCAAAUGCUAAUACAAGUGGUGGCAGUGCUAGCCAAAAAGACGAUGACAUGGGCAAUUACAGUGAUCAUGCUAGUAGUCAGGAAUACAUCGAUGAACCACAAAUGGCUCCAGAGAAAUAUGAGGCACCUAAAAACAAUGAACCCAAAACCUAUGCCAAUCUUCUCAAGUCUGCGAAUAUAAAUCCAUCUUCCCCUGGCAGUGGAUAUGUACCACUUCCCCCAGUUAACCAAAAUCACAUGAACAUGAAUCAGCAAUCGCAGCAACAGUCUUCUUUGUCUUCGUCGUCGUCUGUGUAUAAGAGUGAGUCACGAAUGAUUGAUAAUAAUAUCCAAACUGGUAGUAGUGGACCAGCACCAUUGCCACAAAGGACAAAUUCAACGAGGAUAAAUAAAGAUUUUGAGCAAAGACGCCCCGGUGGCAAUACAAACACUCAACAAUUCAGUGACAGCAAUCAACUUUUCUUAGGCAAUGUACCCCAUCAUGCUACAGAAGAUGAAUUGAAGCAAUUGUUUAAUCGUUUCGGCGCUGUUAUGGAUUUGAGAAUUCAUUCGAAACCAGGCCCAAAAGUUCCAGGAAUUCGUAAUCCACAAAAUUAUGGUUUCAUUACAUACCAGGACUCCCAAUCUGUUGAAAACUGCUUGUCUCAUUGCCCGCUUUUCUAUCCAGAAAACUCCCCUGACGGUCAAAAACUCAAUGUUGAAGAAAAGAAACCCCGUUUGCGAAACCCCAAUGACUUGCCCCCACGCCAAUCAAACAACAUGUCUGGCAACAAUGGCGGUAACGGCAACAACAUGGGCAACUCGCAGCGACCCAACAUGGGCCCAAAUCGUUCGCUCUCUAAUUCUGGUGGUAUGAUGCGUGGCAAUCCCGGCAACAAUAGUUUAUCUCGUGGCACAAGUGGUGGGCCACGUAUGGGAGGCUUCAAUCGCAACGAUAGCCGAGGGCCACCUGGAAGUGGAUCCCAGUCACGCGGUGGUAAUGGAAACUCCGGCUCCAACACUGGAGGUGGUGGCCAAAGUUACAACCGACGCUAACCGUUUAUAUUCAUUUACACACAUUAAUCUUUAUAAGAUCGAUUAAACUAUAAACAAAACAAAAAAACAACAACAAAAAUUUAAAAUUAAUAAUUUUAUUAAAAAAAAAACGAAAAAAAAAAUUAAAGCUUGGUCUUCAAUAUAAACAAAAAAACAAAAUAUUUCUGUUUUUUUUUUUAAGAAUAGAAAACAAUAAAUUGCGGUCAACAAUUUUUAUUAUUUUCUACUUUUAACUAAAAUAAUGCUAUUCUUUUGUUUUCUUAUUUUUUGUAUUUUUAAUUUAUCAAAAAAAUGUAAAAAAAAAAAAUAAUUAAAAAAAUUUAACAAAAAAAGAGAAAAAAACACUGAAAAACGCAAUAAAAAAAGCAAAAUAAAGACUUAAACUUUAUUGUUCGUACGUUUAUAUUACAUAAAUAAAAUUAAAACAAAAAAAAAUUACAAAAAAUAGAUGAAACAUACAAAAAUGUAAAAAAAAAAAAUAAAUAUUUAAAAAAAAUAGAAAAACCAUAUAAAUAUAAAAAAUUAAAAAAACUAUUAAAAAUACAUACAAAAUAUAGUUCUCUCUUUCAAAAUAAUGAAAAACAAAAAGAAGAGCAAGCAAAACAAAUUCUUUUAAACGUAACUUUGCGCGAUAGUAUGUACUAUGUCUAAAGGAAAUGAAUAUUAAGUUAUUAUAUAAUGUAAUUAUAAAUUUAGAAAUUUUCUUUUUUGUUUUGUUUUAUUAUUUUUUUUUUAAUAAAAAAAAAUUAUACUAUAAAAUGGAAAAUGAUAAAUUUACCUAAAACAAAAUUUAAAAACAAAUAAAAAACAAGAAACAAACUACAAAACAGAACAACAAAAAAUAAAAACAAACAAAAAAAGAAAUAAAUAUAUAUAAAAAAAAAUAAUAAUAACAAUAACGGAUGCGUGUGUGUGUAAGAAAAAAUAAGUUGAAUAAAUAAUAAUCUAGUAAAAAUCAUUUUAAAUUAAGAUAACAAAACUUAUAUAACUUAAUAUAAUAUAUUAACUAAACAAAAUAAAA